GGCAUCUGCGCUCGAGGCAUUGGAGGUGGCUUCACCAGGGCCGGUGCUGGUUGCGGUGAUGGGAUCUUAUUUGCUAACAACGAAAAGGCGACGAUGCAGAACCUCAAUGACCGCUUGGCCUCCUACCUGGACAAGGUGCGACUGCUGGAGGGAGACAACGCCGACCUUGAGUGCAAGAUCAGGGAGUGGUACGCCAAGGUAGGGCCCAGCUGCGAACCACGGGACUACAGCUGUUUUCAUAAGGAAAUUGAAGACCUUCAAAACCAGAUCCUGUGUGCAGCCAUGGAGACUAACAAAAUCCUUCUGAAUAUUGAUAACAACAGGAUGACUGCUGAUGACUUCAGAGUGAAGUACGAGACUGAAUGUGGUCUCCGGCAAAAUGUGGACGCAGACAUUGGUAACUUACGGCCCGUCCUGGAUCAGCUGGCCAGCUGCAGGACUGACCUGCAGCUACAGUGUGAGGCUUUGACUGAAGAGAUGUGCUGUCUCAAGACGAACCACGAGGAGGAAAUGAAAUGUCUGAGGAAACAGGCAACCGGAGACGUGAGCGUGGAGGUCAAUGCCUGCCCUGGCCCAGACCUGAGGAAGAUCCUGGAGGAUCUGAGGUGCCAGUACGAAACGCUGAUGGAGCGGAAUCGCAAGGAGACUGAGCAGUGGUAUGCCUGCAAGGCGGAGGAGGUGAAUCUGGAGGUCAUCACAAGCAGCCAGGAGAUCGAGUCAAGCAACAAACAGGUCACUGAGCUGAGACGUCAGCUGCAGGCCUUGGAAAUCAAUGUCCAAGCCCAGCUCACCAUGAAAGAAAACCUGGAAUCCUCUUUAGCGGAAACUGAAUGUCGCUACAACAAAUACCUGGCUGAGCUACAGAGCCAGAUCUCCUGCGUGGAGCAGCGGCUGGCUGAAAUACGAGCAGAAAUGGAGUGCCAGAACCAGGAAUACAAGACCCUCCUGGAUGUCAAAUGCCGCUUAGAGCAGGAGAUUCAGACCUACCACUGCCUGCUGGAGGGGGGACAGCACGACAUCAUGUACGCAGAGUACAGACAGACCCGGGCACAGUAAAACCUCUAUGCUUUGACUUAUGGGAUACGAAAAUUCAUGAUACAAAUGGUAAAAGCAACA